GAUUGGAGAUGCCCACUUUGAAGAUAAAACCUUUCGUAGCAUGUGAAAAUGCGCUGUUAUAUUUUUACUGUUUAAUGUUUUACUGCAGAAUCACAAAAAAUCCACCAUUAAAUAUUGUUCAUUUACGCACACACACACACACACACACACACACACACACACACACACACACACACACACACACACACACACACACACACACCAAGGCCCUUCCUGCUCUGCAGAAUAAACCAGAUAAACCAGUUAGACGGUGUCAGUAAAAGUAAAACUAGGCAGCUCCAUUUUGUGUGGAGGGGAAAAUAAACCAUUUCAGGAGUAAAAACACAGGUUUGAUUUAACACACCGAUGUUGGAGUGAAGUAAACGUGUGUCCUGCUGUAAUCUGGAGAAGGAGACAUGACCUCCAACAUGAGUGUGUCUGGAGAACAGGACUUAAAGAAAGAUGAGAGAAUGAUGGAGGGAAAGAGAUCAGACUCACCAGAACCCAGCUGUGUGUCCAUGAAGAGUGACACAUCAAUGGGUAUUCCACACAACUUCAGAGACAGAUCCAGUUCUCCUGAUGUGAGACCACAAAAGAAGAAAUCAAACAUCAGCAGAAAUCAGCUGGACUCCAUAUUCAAGGAGCUGGAACACAAAGUCAUCACUCUGAUAAAGAAUGAAUUGAAGAGGUUUAGGAAGCUCCUAAGUCCAAAUUACCCAGCAUGCUCUGAGAGGGAGGUGGAGGAUGAGGAGGAUCUGCACAGUGUCAGAGAGGGAGCGCUGAAGAUCACACUGCACAUCCUGAAUAACAUGAACCACACAGAUCUCGCUAACACACUGCACAACAAGUCUGUGGCUUCUGUGUAUCAGACAGAGCUGAAAUCCAGCCUGAGAGAGAAGUUUAAAAGAAUUAAUGAAGGAAUCUCACAGCAUGGAAGCUCAGCACUUCUGAAUGAGAUCUAUACAGAGCUCUACAUCACAGAGGGUUGGAGUGGAGACAUCAAUAAUGAACAUGAGGUGAGACAGAUUGAGACAGCGUCCAGGAGACCAGCAACACAGGAGACACCCAUCAAAUGUAACGAGCUCUUUAAAGACAAGUCCAUCAGAAGAGUGCUGACUAAAGGAGUUGCUGGAAUUGGAAAAACAGUCUCUGUGCAGAAGUUCAUUCUGGACUGGGCUGAAGGAAAAGCAAAUCAGGACGUCACCUUCAUGUUUCCACUUCCCUUUCGAGAGCUGAAUCUGAUGAAGCAGAGAAAUCUCAGUCUGAUGGAGCUUCUUCAUCACUUUUUCCCAGAAAUGAGAAAACUAGAAUUACUAGACUCCUACACAGUGGUGUUGAUCUUUGAUGGUCUGGAUGAGUGUCGACUUCCUCUAAAUUUCCAGAAGAAUGAGAGAUUGUGUGAUGUGACAGAGUCAGCCUCGGUGGAUGUGCUGCUGACAAACCUCAUCAAGGGGAAUCUGCUUCCCUCUGCUCUCCUCUGGAUAACCUCUCGACCAGGAGCAGCCAAUCAGAUCCCUCCUGAGUGUGUAGACCAGGUAACAGAGGUACGAGGCUUCAGUGAUCCUCAGAAAGAGGAGUACUUCAGGAAGAGGAUCAGUGAUCAGAGCCUGGCCAAUAAAAUCAUCUCACACAUGAAGUCUUCAAGAAGCCUCUACAUCAUGUGCCACAUCCCAGUCUUCUGCUGGAUCUCAGCCACUGUUCUAGAGAGCAUGUUGGGUGAAGCAGAGAGUGGAGAGGUCCCCAAGACUCUGUCUCAAAUGUUCACACACUUCCUGAUCUUUCAGAUCAAACACAAGGACCAAAAGUACCAUCAGAAAUGCGACCCUGAUCCUCAGCAGACCAGAGAGAGUAUCCUGGCACUGGGGAAACUGGCUUUCCAACAGCUGGAGAAAGGAAACCUGAUCUUCUAUGAGGAAGACCUGAGAGAGUGUGGCAUUGAUGUUGGAGAAGUUGCAGUGUACUCAGGAGUGUGUACCCAAAUCUUCAGAGAGGAGUUUGGGCUUUACCUGGGGAAGGUGUUCAGCUUUGUACAUCUGAGUGUUCAGGAGUUUCUGGCUGCUUUGUACACAUUUCUCUGCUUUAUUUUUAGAAAGACAAAUGUGUUAGUGGAGCAACGCACUGGACUUUUCCAUUUCUUCAGCAAGUCAACCAUGUCCGAUUUCCUCAGGAGUGCAGUGGACAAGGCCUUACAGAGUGAGAAUGGACACCUGGACCUGUUCCUCCGCUUCCUUCUGGGUCUCUCACUGGAGUCCAAUCAGGCUCUCUUACGAGGCUUAAUGGCCCCGACAGGAAGCAGCUCUCACAGCAAACAGGAAACAGUCGAGUACAUCAAGGAGAAGAUCAGGGAGAAUCCAUCUCCAGAGAAAUCCAUCAAUCUGUUCCACUGUCUGAAUGAACUGAAUGAUCAUUCUGUAGUGCAGGAAGUACAGACUUACCUGAACAGAGGAGGUGACCGUCGUCUCAGGGGAACCAGACUCUCUCCUGCUCAGUGGUCAGCUCUGGUGUUUAUGUUACUGAACUCCGAUCAGGAGCUGGAUGAGUUUGAUUUGAGUAAAUAUGACCCAUCAGAGGAAUGUUUUCUGAAGCUGCUGCCAGUGGUCAAAGCCUCCAGAAAAGCUGUCCUGUGGUGGUGUAAUCUGACAGAGGAAAGCUGUAGAGUUCUGUCCUCAGUUCUCAGCUCAAACUCCUCCAGACUGAGAGAACUGGACCUGAGUAACAAUAACCUCCUGCAGGAUUCAGGACUGGAGCUGCUCUCUGCUGGACUGGAGAAUCCACACUGUACACUGGAGAUACUGAGGCUGUGGAGGUGUAAUCUGACAGAGGAAAGCUGUAGAGUUCUGUCCUCAGUUCUCAAGUUAAACUCCUCCAGACUUAGAGAACUGGACCUGGGUUACAAUAACCUGCAGGAUUCAGGAGUGAAGCUGCUCUAUGCUGGACUGGAGAAUCCACACUGUACACUGGAGACACUGAGGCUGCGGGGGUGUAAUCUGACAGAGGAAAGCUGUAGAGUUCUGUCCUCAGUUCUCAGCUCAAACUCCUCCAGACUGAGAGAACUGGACCUGAGUGACAAUAACCUGCAGGAUUCAGGAGUGAAGCUGCUCUCUGCUGGACUGGAGAAUCCACACUGUACACUGGAGAUACUGAGGCUGUGGAGGUGUAAUCUGACAGAGGAAAGCUGUAGAGUUCUGUCCUCAGUUCUCAGCUCAAACUCCUCCAGACUGAGAGAACUGAACCUGAGUCACAAUAAACUGCAGGAUUCAGGAGUGAAACUGCUCUCUGCUGGACUGGAGAAUCCACACUGUACACUGGUGACACUGAGGCUGCGGGAGUGUAAUCUGACAGAGGAAAGCUGUAGAGUUCUGUCCUCAGUUCUCAGCUCAAACUCCUCCAGACUGAGAGAACUGGACCUGGGUUACAAUAACCUGCAGGAUUCAGUUCUCACCUCAAAUGCCUCCAGACUGAGAGAACUGGACCUGAGUGAGAAUAAACUCCUGCAGGAUUCAGGAGUGAAGCUGCUCUGUGCUGGACUGGAGAAUCCACACUGUACACUGGAGAUACUGCGGCUGCGGAGGUGUAAUCUGACAGAGGAAAGCUGUAGAGUUCUGUCCUCAGUUCUCAGCUCAAAAUCCUCCAGUCUGAGAGAACUGGAGCUGAGUGAGAAUAAACUCCUGCAGAAUUUAGGAGUGAAGCUGCUCUGUGCUGGACUGGAGAAUCCACACUGUACACUGGAGAUACUGCGGAUGAAUUACUGCAGUAUUACAGAUGAAGGUUAUGCUGCUCUGGCUUCAGCUCUGAAGUCAAACUCCUCAUCACACCUGAGAGAAAUGGAUCUGAACGGUAAUAAUCCAGGAGAAUCAGGAGUGAAGCUGCUCUCUGAUCUACUGAAGGAUCCACACUGUAAACUGGAGACAUUAUGCAUUAACUAUAAUAAACUCACCAGGACUGGUAUAUGACAGGAGUCUCACCUCAAACUCUUCUCCAGGAUAAAGCAGUUUUGGUGAACAGUUAGAACCCGGCCCACAUUUACAGCAGUUUGGGAGCUGAAUCAUUAAACGUAAAGGGACAGAACAGAUACAAAGCCAAGAACAGGCAGAAGGUCAUACACAGGAGAAAUCAACACACAUAACGAAAUAUCUACUGUAACACCGAAAGUAUUUGACCUCCAUUUAUACCAGUUCCUGAAUGUACUUGGAGACUGUGGUCAUUCACCGUAGGACCAAUUGCCCUGACUCAGUAGCAAUACUACCCCCUGGCACUUUAGUGUAUUGUAAGAAUCAUUUUCAUGGUUGCUGUAAGAUUCAGGAUGUCUGGUGCUCCACUGUGUUUGAGAUUGUGGCCUACAUUGAUGAAGUGGGAACGCUGUAUAAGAUCAGACCACAUGGAGAAGAUGGACCCAUUAAAACUGUCCAUUGCUCAGAACGUAAGCCUGUUCUUACCUGGCAACAAUAUGCCAGGUGAACCAAUGGUCUACUGGCCCUUUCCAACCCCAGGAGUGAGUAGAGCCAGAUGGACCUAGAAUUGGAGAUUAUUCACAAGUGGCCAUAGUCCACACGAGAAUGGGUGUAAGGAACUCUGAGGGUCAAGUCCAUGUUGAUUCUAGUUCUCAGCCCUCAGUGCUUCAGUCUAGUCCAAUUGGGGUACAAAAUGAUUACUGUCUUAUGAGUAUAGGUUCAUCUUUAACGUCUCAACCUCAGGUGACCACACGAGAGCAAGAUUUGAAUUUAGAAACUUCUCUAGAUCUUCAUAUAGCUCAGUCACUUGAUCAGUCAAGAAUGGGUUUAGUUUCUAGGCCAUCCUUUAGGCGUUCUACUUAUGGGACUCUCAGUGUUCACCCGGAUGGUGACCAUUAAAGGCUGAAUUUGGAAAAGUUGGUUGCUCAUGAAAAGCUUUUGCUCAUGCCCACUAGAGGGUGCACUGAUUCUUUAUACACAUCACUUCCUGUCUGUAGAACCAUGUCCAGUGCUUGAAUCCGUUGCUAUACUGUGAUUGUUGGUUGCUGGAAGAACAAGUUCUGUUGACGGCAAAUGUGUGUUAUAAAUGUGCCAACGCCAUUUAUACCUACCUGGACAGGCAAUUAUUUCGGGUGCUUGGUAGUGUGUGGUCAUAAAUUGUCUGCAUCGCAUUGAUUGUGUGUGGGUGUGAAGAUGAUGGAAAAAAAACAACAGUACCAUCAAACCCAUAUGUGCUUGUCGAAUAUACCAUUAUAGAUUUAGUCCCCCUUUGCUGUUAUAAUAACCUCCACUCUUCCAGGUAAUCUUUCCACUAUAUUUUGGAGCAUGGCCUUUGGGAUUUGUGCAUUUGAGCAUGCAUUUCGCCUCCUGAAGAGGAGACUAAAGGGGGAAACCCCUCAAAACAAGCAACAUCUGAAAGAAGCUGUGGUAAAAGCCUGGAAAAGCAUCACAAAAGAAGAGUGCAACUAUUUGGUUAUGUCAGUGUAUCGGCGCUUGAUUAUUUAGUGCAAGGAAGGGAUAUGCAACCAAAUCGUGUUAUUUACGUUGGGUUCCUUCAAGACUAUCUGUUCCAAUAUUUUUGCUCACCUCAAAAUGUUCUAAGUUGUUUAACACAUCUAGAUGUAUAUAUCAGGAAAUUAAAGCUUCAAUUUUGA